GUGGCCCCUAAGUUGCGGCCGAUGCGGGGCCAGUCUUUAAUGGAGGGGGAGAGGCUGUAUCUGAAGUGUGAGGCGUCAGGGAACCCCAGCCCCUCCUUCCGAUGGUAUAAAGAUGGCCGAGAGCUCCAGAGGGGAAAAGACGUCAAAAUCAAGACCAAUAAGUAGGUCUCAGAGACCGGCCAACCUCCAGUCACACAUUCACACACAUAAUUAAAAACGUUCCACAAUAGACACUAUGGACACUGCUGUUUCUGUUUUGAAGAACCAUUCAUAUUGACUCAAAUGAAUCACUCUCACUCCAUUUCUCUUUCUCUCUAUCUCCUUCUCUGUCCCUCUCUCAUUCUCUGAAGGAAAAACUCCAAGGUCCAGAUCAACCGAGCGAGGCUGGAGGAUUCUGGUAACUACACGUGUGUGGUUGAGAACACGCUGGGCCAGGAGAACGCUACGAGCAGCAUCAGUGUGCAGAGCCGUGAGUCAACAGACACACCAUCCUCUAUCUACAGUAUGACAUUCCUUCUAUUCUAUAACAUUCACACUCUUUCCACCUUCUUCAUUAACUACCACAGACUCUGUUUUCCUUGACAACCACCAUUCUCUUUCUCUCUUCCUUAGUAACAACGACGCUCUUUCUCUCUUCCUUAGUAACCACGACGCUCUUUCUCUCUUCCUUAGUAACCACAACGCUCUUUCUCACUUCCUUAGUAACCACGACGCUCUUUCUCUCUUCCUUAGUAACCACGGCGCUCUUUCUCUCUUCCUUAGUAACCACGGCGCUCUUUCUCUCUUCCUUAGUAACCACAACGAUCUUUCUCUCUUCCUUAGUAACCACGACGCUCUUUCUCUCUUCCUUAAUAACAUGAUGCUCUUUCUCUCUUCCUUAGUAACCACAACGCUCUUUCUCGCUUCCUUAGUUACCACCAUCUUCAUUCUCUCUUUCUUGACAUCCACCACGACCACGUUCUUUCCCUUUCUUCCUUAGUAACAAUUUAUUACCCCUCUUCCAUAAUGACUUCUACACUUUCCUUCUCUUUCUUAGUUAUCGCCACGCUCCCCCUCUUCCUUGCUAACCCCUACUCUUACUCUCUCUCCUCCAUAGUGACCACUACUCUGUCUCCAGGCUCGAGUCACGCCCGGCGCUGUAACGACACAGAGAAGUCGUACUGCGUGAACGGUGGAGACUGCUAUUUCAUACACGGUAUAAACCAACUGUCAUGCAAGUAA